AUGGCAGACGCUUUAGAGAAUCUGCAAGAAGCUCAGAGAAGAAGAAGCGAUGAAACAGAUUCAAGAUCCAUAGAAGAAACCAAUGGACGAGAUUCGGAUUCGAGGGUAAAGAUUAUGAACAAGAACUUUGCUGUGGGUUAUUAUGAUCAAACAGAGUCGAUACAGUCCAGGCCAGAGAAGAGGGCUAAAACUGUUUCUGAUUCAAGAGAAAGUUUAGAAGAUCUAGAGAAGGGGGUGGACAUUCCAGAAACUCUUAGCGUUGACGUGCAUGAUAAUUUACAUGAACGUAUCGAGAAGCAAAAGAGACGGGCUGAAGAUAAUAUGCAGCAACAAAGCAACGACGAAAGAGAGGCUCAGGAUCAACAAAAUAUGGAGCAACAGAGAGAUAUUGAGAGGAAGGGAAGGGAUAUUCGUUUCAGACUUGAUCAGUUGGUGGAGAAGUUAACAGAUGCGAUUGAAACUGGAACAAAAGAUCAGAAUUCUGAUGCUCUGGUGACUGAACUGAGUAACCAUUUCAACAAGAGCCAACAGCUGUUAAAUUCGAUUUCAGGAUCCCUAGGAUCUAAAUCUAUGACUAUUGAUGGAGAAAAGCGAAAACUAGAAGGCAGUGAGAAAUUGCUUCAACAAAGAAGGGAACUGAUUAUGGAAUAUAGGAAAUCUGUUGAAGACAUUUUGAAGAUAGAGCCUUAG